UUGCCGGUCCCGACACCGGCCUGACCUUGGAGAGCGCCAUGAUGUACCAAGGAAAGACCGCGCUCGUAACGGGCUCUGCGUCGGGGAUCGGCGAAUACCUGGUCAACCACCUGUACCGUAACGGCGCCACCGUCGUGUGCGCGGAUAUCAGGGAGAAGGAAGUGCAGAAGGUUGCGGACUCUUUGAACGCGCAAGGGAGCGCAGCUGGCCAGAAAGCGUUUGCCAUCUCAGGGGACGUUACCAAAUGGGACUCGGUCGUUGGCAUGUUCAAGGCCACCGAAGAACUCCUGAAAAAACACACCGGCAAAUCCAACAUCAGCUUCGUAUUUGCCAACGCAGGUGCUGCCGCGAUCGGCUUCCCAUUCCAAAGGGGCGAACCGAACAUUACAUCUAUCUCAGUCAACCUAAUCGGCGCGCUUUACACCAUACAAGCUGCGAUCAACCACUUCCGCAAGCACCGCGCGCCGGGCCGCAUAAUCGUCACAGCUUCUCAAUCAUCACUCCACCCCUUCGGCGGGGAGCCCAUCUACACGGCUUCCAAGCAUGGGGUCCUCGGGCUCGUCCGCGCGACCGCUAUCGCGCUUGAGAACGAGAAGAACAUCACUAUCAACGCCAUAGGACCUGGCAGCACUGAUUCCACCCUGAUGCCUGAUGUGGUCUUACAAGGCAUGAAUUCCCGCGGCUGGGCAGUGGAAAAGGACACCAUCAUGCGGGCCUUUGACGUCUUCUUGAAGCCCGAUUCGAAGCUAUCCGGUGCCUUCGUGGAGGCCAUCGGUGACACCGUCAACCUGUUCGAGUUCCCCUUGCCAACCAAGGACACCGGGUUCAAAUGCAAACUCUGAGGCGAGCGCAUGCCACGACUUUCACAUCAUAAGUCAUUGAACAUAUGUUCCCUUAGGGACAAGAUAUAUUUAGUGUUCGUCGUUGUACAUGUGCGAUUUGCAUACGAUGGC